CUUAAGGGGAAGAGUGAUUAUCGUCGACGAAAAUUCGAUUACAAUCGUAGGAAUACUACUGGAACUGAUGAUGGGAAUGAAAAAAAUAAAAAUGGUGACAAGUAUGAAAAACAACGUUCAAGAUCGAGUAAUGCAGGCAAAAUUCUUAAUAAUAUGAAUACGCCUAGUCGCACUAGAAGUGAAGGUAUUCUUGACCUUGACGAGCCGUUCAGUGAAAGUGAAGAUGAUGCAUCUAAAGGUCCGAGAAAGAUGAUGUUGCCGAUUCCGAGAGGUAGGAUACGGACAUUGUCGGGUACCAUACCUGCUGUCGGAUACAGUCCUAAAUGGGGUGGACCAACGAUGUGCUUAAGCUGUCUCCAGUUUUUCGAUUUACCUGAUAUGAUAGAUAGUUUUGCUGAACAUUUGCUUGUACAACAUCACAUUGUUGUGAGCGAAAUGGAUCUAAUUGUGGAUCUGAAAAGAUAUGUGGAACACUGGCGACAACGUUUUGCUGCAGAAGGUGUUGAAAAUAUAUUUCUGAAAAUCGAACCAGACGAAAAUUCGCCUUACUAUGGUUUAGUGGACUAUUAUUUCGAAAUGAGUGAACAGCUGCCUGAGGAUUAUUCUUUGCGACAGCGACUGGCUAUGAGACGCCUUGAAGAGGCUCUCGCUUGCCAGCAACGGGAACGAGAAGAUACGGCAUUUUUUCAGCAGUGUAUAUUUUGUAGAUAUAUUGCUCGUGGAAAUCGUUCAAAAAUUAUUCAUCACCUUUACAUGAUCCAUCAUUUGAAUCUAGGAUCACCAGAUAAUCUCGUAUUUAUAUAUAUAUAUAUAUUUUUAAAUAUAGGGAAGAAAAUUUUUCUAUUUUUAGAUCGAGCUACCUUGAUGGAUCACAUGCGAAAAAGAAAUCACCGGGAGGUAAAUCCGAAAAACAAUUAUUAUGACAAGUUCUACAUUAUCAAUUACCUUGAACUUGGAAAGCGUUGGUUGGAUGUUCUAGCUGAAGAUUUUGAGGAUACAAUGCCGACUUUUGUAGAUUCCGAUGAAGAAGAAGAACAAGAUUCAUGGCAUGAAUGGCAAGAAGAUAAUUUGGAUGAGGAUCAGACCCGAGUUCUUUGUCUUCUCUGCGAUAACAGUUAUGAUUUGAUCGAAUAUUUACUUAAACAUCUCAAGGAUGAUCAUCAUUUCGAUAUUUUGCAAAUAAUCGAAAAUGAGAAGCUUGAUGUUUAUGGGCGCGUGAAAAUGAUCAAUUAUAUACGAAAACAAAACUAUAACGUACACUGUUUUAUUUGUGGUGAAAGCGGCUUUGGAUCGAUUCAAGCAUUAAGAAAGCAUCUAGCUGAAAAUAAUCAUUUGUCGAAAGGCUUGCCAGAUAGAUCAGUUUGGCAUAUAGAAGAGAACUUGGUGCCAAUCUUUUCUAACGAUCAUUUGCUGUGGAUGUUAGAGUCAUUGCUAGAUGAACGUGCACUAUCAAUGGAAAAAAGCAUUGAGACAGUUAAUCAAGAUGAAUUCAGAAUGAAACUGGUGAGAGAAAGCGAAGAAAAUACGGUUUUGGGGGUAAUAAUAUCUUUGUUGAAUUUACAUUUUAUCGAUCUGAUUUAUAAUAGUUCUCUCCAUGAUUUAAAUUGCAUCUAA